AUGCCACUCGAAGACCCUUGCAUGCGGGGAUGGUUGCUGAGACCGAUGAAUCGCCUGUGCCGGCGCAAUGGAGAGCCAUUCGCUGAGCACGAUCCUCCUAUGCGGCUCAGCUCGAUGACCGAGGAGGUCGAUGUGGCCCUUCGAAACGAUUCGACGGUUUUCCAACUAGCUCUCCACUCUGCGAGCCCCUGUGCGACCGACCCGGUGUCCCCGGAAUUGGUCUUCGAUGCACAAGCUUUGGGAUCGUGGCCAAUGUGCCGGAGCCAGUGCUCUUGUGGUGUCGUCCUGAACCGAGCUAGCAGCAUGAGCCGAAGCAUGUGCAGCGCCAUUCUUGGCAAGAGAUUCGUCGUGACCUGGGGUGAUUCUCGCCAUGGUUUCGGUGCCACUCUUGUCGGUGGAUCUGUCGUGACCUGGAGUCAUUCGUACUGUGGUGGUGACAAAAGUGCUGUGCAGGACCAGUUGAAGCAUGUGCAGCAGAUCCAAGCCACUGUGCUCGUUUUCGCUACAGUUCUUGGCGAUGGGUCUGUACGGCGACAGAAGAAUUGUGCAGGUGCAAUCGUGUGA